AUGGAAACCGCCAGUACCACAGCCGCAGACACCAAUACUGAGCCGGGUCCAACAAGCUUGCCCACCCGCACUGAGUUAGAUCUGUCCCACUUGUUAAAUGACGAGCUGGCUAGUGACAUACCGUUUUUGGAUACUCGAAAUUGGCCGCGUGAUAUCACCUCGUUUCAGGACUUUGACCCUUUACAAGAUCGUGAUGCAUUUCAAGAUUUCGACCCUCUUCAAGAUCAUGAUGCUUUUCAAGAUUUUGACCCUCUUCAAGACUGGCAUGACCUGCAAGAUCCCGAAUUUUACGUGGAUACGGAAGAGAUUCUCAAAAAUUCUGAAAAUUUGCAUAUUCCUUGCGAUAAUACCACGCACAUUGCACGUGAGCACCUUGGGCAAGCUAGCGACAGCUACGCAAGACGAGUAGACGGUGCAAUGGCCGCCUCAUCACUAGCCAACGCGUCUUUAUCUCAGUCUGUUUAUUAA